CUUAGACCGCCAACAAAAAAAGCAAAAUGCUAAAAACAAAAUUUGACGUAAUAAGUCCACGUGUCACACUGCAAAAUAUUUUAAAAUGUAGUCCUUUAUAAUCAAAUUAUGUUUAAAUGGAAAUAAUAAAUCGAAAAAAAAUCUUUUAUGAAAUGUAACGAUGAAUAUAUUGUCAUACAUAGGGAUGAAUUUACAAUCCGAAGUCUGUUUAUGGACUCUUUUAGGCCUAAUACGUACCAUAUUUGAUGCAACUCUCUUCAAAGUUAAUGCUAAUUUAAAACAGGUAUGGCAAAUGAGUAUGCCGCCGCAGCUAUCAUCGUUACCAGUACAGCGUUUUCUGCGCACUAUGGUGUCAGGUGUGAUGCUGGUACAGUGCUUUACGGUAUACGUGUACCUCGCGUCUUACAUUGUGUUACUGUACCCCGUGUUUCUGGAGGAACGUCCAGCAUUGGUCCUUCCGUGGUUGCUAUUGGCAGCAAUAAGAAAACUUUUAUGUGAACUGACCAGUCUAGCCUUGGGCCUCGGUACUUGUGUGUUGUUGGGGCCAGCCAGGCCGUCCUGUGUCAAGUUCCUUGUUUCAAAGAUUUUCACCAUUAUGCCCGCUUUCUAUAUGUGGACGCUUGUAUUCAGUUAUUAUCACAGUUUAAAAAUGGCAGCAGCUUUCAAAACGUUCCCUGUCAAUUUACCGGUGAGCAAUGACCAGGACUGCGGUAUUGAAUUAGCUGUUCGCAGGCGCCGAACAAAAUCACUGCUGGGGGAAGACCAAUUGCGAAGAAAACUCAUCGCUAGCUUCUAUGGUGAGAGACCGUCAACGGAAUUAAAUGCUAGCUAUCAGAAAAUUGAAAAUUCAAUUGCAAAACUGACAAAUUUAAGCAUGGAUGAAAUCACUGGUCCUUUAGAAAGCUUUCAACCUGUAUCAGUCACAUCCAAUAGAACCAUGUCAGACAUAGGAACAUAUGAAGACUGGUUCGGUAGCGAAGUUGUAGUACCACGUGAUACUGAUAGAAUUCUAGAACAAUUCGUUUUAAUGCUGUUGCGUAUUGGAGUCUAUUUGAAAAAAGAAAAUGCAGAUUCAACAAAGUUGUUUAACACCAAUUCUAUGUCGGUUUUACCACAACAAGACACUUUGCAGUGUAAUCCAAUAUCAAAUGAGGAUGCUGAAACACCGCCUUUAGUUGGCAGUAGUCGAGCUCGAAUACAAUCAUACUUACGAGACUAUCCAAAUAUUUUUAUGAAAAAACCUUCAGACUUACUACCCGAGACUCAAAUCGAUCAAAAUAUGGAAUCAAACGAUACAGAUCAUAAUAAUGGUAAGCCUGAUAGUCUAUCAGCAAGCAUAUCUUUGAAUAAAUCGACUCAAGACAUUUCUUUGGACACAAAAGAAAGCUAUGAAAUCAAAUCUACUCACGUCAAUGAACAAAUUAAAGAAUCUUAUGAAAUGAGUAACAGAACUGAUCCUUAUUUACAAAAUAAAGACGAUGAGAAGGAUGAAAUGCACGGUAAUCUUUUAAAGCAGGAUUCUAAUGAGAGCAUUAAAUCAGUUAUUGAACGAAUAAAGAAUCGUGUAAAUUUUAGUCAAACGUCGUCUAAGGAUUCUCAAGUAUCUGCAAACAGUUCAGUAUCUAGAUAUUCAACAAAUAAUCAAAGCUCUAAAAAAAUGAAAAAGCCCAGAAACUCACAAAGGAAACAUAAAGAAAAUUGAUGAACUAUGAAGGUUUUUUUACAUUCAAAUGGAAAGAAAUAUUUAAAAAAU